AUGUCCACAAAUCCCUUCCGCAAGAGUAGUGCGCUGAAAGGACCUGGUGGGAGCCCUUCUCCCAAUCCCAAUCUCACAUCGGAUCCUCGCGGCACCAGUCCUGGCGGGCUUUCGCUAGACACCAGAGUUCCCAGCAGCUCUCAGAAACAUGUAAACUUCGCAUCGCCGCCGGCCAUCCCCAUAUCGCCGGUCUCCUAUCCUCCAUCGCCUGAAUCUACGCGACAGGAGUUCCCCGUUGCAUUCCCGAGCCCCAAGGCGUCUUAUCCCCCACCGACCGACUACAGCCAGGCGCUGGCGAGCGAUCCCUUUGGAGCGGAAGCCACAGAUGACGAUGAUGGCGUUAUUGGUCGAGCAUUGGAGAACGCAAGGGCGAACAACGAGAUUACCACGCCUGGAGUGCUUGGAUCGGUGGGCGCAACGGAUAACGCAAUCCGAGAAACGUUGGGACGCUUUGCGAGCACACCAAGACGGCCUGUCAAUAACCCGCCGACAGGAGGUGUGAAAGAGCCAACUGGAGGCUCGAGAUCGACCCUGGACGUGGAUGCGUUCAAGAGAAUGCUGCUUACAGGGGAUCGAGGUCCCUCAGUGGUGCAGAACACUCAGGCAGGCCCAACACCUGUAAGUGACAGUGGCUCAAGCGCCGACACGGCAUCUAUCUCACAGCAUUCGAUCUUCGAGACCGUCCAACCUGCGCCCGAUGAGAGCCCGCGGACAUCAGACGAGCUCGACGGCAACGAGGCGAACACGUAUCGAGCAGGGCUCGGACCCAUCUCAGAAAGAGCAGAGAAGCCGCCUCCUCCGAAGAGCAGACGGGGGAAGCCAAUCAAGGACCCCGUGGUGCCGCAUGGCCCAACAACCCGUUUCGACAAUUUCAUCAAUUCCCUGUCCCUACCUAGCAGUCAUAACAGCGGCUCAGGAACGCCGAGCUUGAAGUCACCAACCAUUGACGAGAUGCCCACGAGUGACAGGUCUGACCCUGCCGGAACAACCGAGACCACGAAGAAGACUCCGCCAGCGCCUCCUCUAGCCCGUCGGAAGAGCCAACAAGCACCUAAGAAGCCGGUGCUGACGAGAAGCAGCUCUUCGCGCCACUCCGUGCUUACCGAGGUUGACGGCCCUCCCAGUCCGAGUGCGAUAAGCUCAGCGUCCAAACCUCCUCCACCGCCACCGGCGCGUCGAUCAAAUAGCACGACCGAGCGCCGUCUAUCAGUAGAUGUACUCUCCAUCCCCGAGGAAGCGGAUGUAGGGUACCUGGAAGCGAGACCAGGAUUACCUCAGACGCCGUCGUAUUUGAAGAGGAUGAGCCAAGGACUACCUCCACCAGUUCCGCCUCCGCGGCGAGGGAGAGGAUCCAACAGAAGUAGCAUGGAGACAACAAGGCCGUCCAUGGCCAGUUUGGGUAUCAUGGAGACUGGAGGGAGCGAAGUCAGUACUCCAGGGAGCGAGCAUCGAGAUAUCUUGGCCGAUCUUGCGGCUCUGCAGCGCGAAGUGGAUGCUGCUCGGGCGGGAGCAGGUCAAUAA